AUGAAUCCUCCAUCAGAUACCUUGACACCAGACUGCACACCAAAGAGGAAACCCCGAACCUGCCCUCACUGUAAGCGUCGUUUUCGCCGCCACGAACAUCUCCAACGGCACAUUCGGAUUCAUACAAAUGAAAAACCUUAUAAAUGUUCAUGUGGUGCUUCUUUUGGCCGGCGCGAUCUAUUAAAGCGUCAUGAGGACAUUGGCCAUUCUUCAAUAACCUCGUCAAUACAAGAGCCAUCGCCCGUGACUACCGACGACAGUCGGAGUCUCCAAUCACGGGGAAAUAAUGACCUCACGCCACAACACCACGGCACGUCCUUUUGGGGACUUCCUGAUCUCCCAGGCGCAGAUGUCUCAGCUGGGACGAUUGAUCCGCAGGAACCACUUCCCGAUCUUCAAUUUGAAGGAGGCUCGUUUUUAAAUGCCCAGGAUCUCUUGGUAUUGCAGGACUUGGAGUCGUUCAGCCAUAAUAUGGGUCUCAGUACUGAAUGGGCUCUUCCUUCCGAGCCCGGUAUUCUUCAAAUCGUUGCUGGAGAAUCGAACCUAAAUUCCCUCUCCACGAUGGCUGCUGGAAACACAUCGCAAGAGCGACCCUCUUCGCAGUCGGAUCAACAUCAGUCUUUAAGCCAACUUCCCAUUGAACGAGAAUCAGUUGCCGAGUUUGGAGUAUUAACUUUGCCCAUCGUGAGGAUCACCGAUGACCACCGCAAUCGCCUUCUUCGAGCUCUUGGUCGAUCUCAUACAGCUAUGCCCGAACCCCUUUUUCCAUCCUGUCACUCACUUACAAGAUUUGUAAAUGGAUUCUUCGACGGCUUCUACCCUCACAUACCAGUCGUCCAUAUCCCAACGUUCAAAGCAGAGGACUGUGAGCCAGAAAUCGUUUUGGCCAUGGCUGCGCUUGGUGCGCAGUAUCGGCAUGAACAUCGGAAAGCAGUUCUCCUUUUUUAUGCGGCAAAAGCGACUUUGCAGCAGAACGCACACGAAAGAGAAAGAAUGGAAUUGAACAAGAAUGUUCGAUCUGGCGGUGGACAUGCAACAUGUCCGGAAACACAGAGCUCGGGCUUCGGAAACUUCCCAUACAGACAAUUGAUGCGCGAGACACGAUGUGCUCUUUACCUAAUUGCAUUUGCAACUUGGCAAAGUGAGCCGGAAAUCGUACGAGAAGCAUUCAAUCUUCAAAGCUUUCUCGCGAGAUGUGUAAGAGAAUGUCAACUCGAUGAGACACAAGAAUCCUUACAACAAGGAUUAGACUGGCACUCCUGGGUAGAGAAAGAAUCAGACAGAAGAGUCAAGCUGUUCUCCUUUGCUCUUCUUAAUCUACAUGGGAUAGCAUUCGGUACUCCGCCAGUGAUACUGAGUGACGAAGUUCAUCUCCGUCUCCCAAGCACAUGUUUCGAAUGGAUCGCUCCAAACAAAGACAAAUGGUCCAUGGUGCAUAAAUUAGGCAAUGCACGGCAAAUGCUCUUCCAAGAAGCUCUCUCUCACCUGUUGAACGGCUCCCACGAACCUCAUUUACUUAACUCCCAGCCGGUUCCAUCUCCUUUGGCAAACUACAUUCUUUUACAUGCUCUGAUCCAAAGAAUCAUGCUCGUUCAGCGGGCGUUUAACCCAUACACCGACGAAGAUCAUACCCUGCUUAAUCGCCAGAAGGAAGUCAUUAGAAACGCUCUUCAUGCCUGGACGUCUCAGUGGCAACGAGCCCCCGAAUCAAGUCUUGACCCUCGCAAUCCCAACGGACCUGUCACUUUCACAUCCACGGCAUUGCUCGGAGUCGCAUACGUUCGACUGGCCUUCAAUAUAGGUUCAUACAAGAUCCUUGGAAGUCGAAACCCACAGGAAAUCGCUGAGAGACUACGCCAAAUGCCGCGUCUACCUAGCGGGCCUCAUUUGCUUCCUGCAAUAUUGCAUGCGACACAUGCUCUGAGUAUACCAGUCAAAUUGGGUGUCAAUUUUGUCUCACGGAGCCAUGCAUUUGUGUGGAGUAUUCAGCAUUCAUUGUGUGGGUUGGAAUUUGCAAUCUUCCUCAGUAAAUGGCUGUUCUGUAUAUCCAAUUGUCAGAAAACCCGGCCGCUUGAUGAACAUGAGAGCCGCCUAAUUAGCUGGAUAGGGGAUAUUGUUGAAGAAGGAAGGACAUCAGGCGAUGAAGACCUGUGGUCUAGGCCCACAUUAUCAUCUAAUUGUGCCUACUUGGGAUUCGCCGUCAUUAAGCUAUGGGCUACAUUGAUCAAAGGAAAUGACCAGUGGGCGAUAUUGAGGGUGAUUGGAGAGGGUCUGGAUAUAUACGCUAAUAUUUGCGAGCGAACGUUCACCAGUUCUUUGGCAGAGGGCCAAUGA